AUACUGCCAUUGUAUUAUUUCAUUUAAUGAGACCCAUUUAAGUUAUUUAUAUUCUGUGGUAAAGGGACGGGGCCAGUGGAACAUUGACAUGCUUGGAAAUAUGCAUUAUGGUGAUAUUAUUAUAGGAAAUUGGGCUGCACAUAAUCGGGUAGUUAAAAUUUUCUGAAAGGAUUUGAAAUCACAUCUAACAGGAUCUAUUUGUCUAACUUUUGGAUAAGGCACACUGGCAUCUCAGGAUGCUAAAGAUGGAUGGUGUUUCCCACAAGGUCAAAAUGAGACACUUGUUACUUCUAUCUAUUUUCAAGGUAUAGUGUCAGAGUUCAGACACAUAGCAACAGUACAAUAGUGAGACAAGCAUAUGAAUCUUAAGGUCCCCUUAAUCAAUAAUGGGGAGGGUCUUUGGGACCCUACACCCCAUAAUCCCUGGGCUGUUGGUGUCCUCACUCAGAGCCAUCUGCCUACAGAUCUCCAUAAGAGAUAACACACUGCACACCCACACACUCUCUCCACAUUGUUGGCACCGGAAGAUUGUUUGCAUGACUGCAAACAAUAAAAUCCCCGGUCAAAUAUAGGAGAUGCCAAGACAACACUAUCAAUAUUGACUAUUUUCAGAGAGGAGCAAAGCAGCACACAGACGGUCUCUCCUGUUAAAAGCGUAUCGUUUGACCCAUGGCAAACUUCACUACUACAGAAGAUGCCUGCUGCGCCUUUGAGUCUCCCAUCCUGGACCAUGUCCUGCCUCCCAUCCUGGUGCUGGAGUUCAUGUUUGGGCUGAUGGGGAAUGUUGUGGCUCUGUGGAUGUUUAUUUUCCACAUGGACACCUGGAAGCCCAACUCUGUUUACCUCACACAGCUGGCCGUUGCCGACUCCAUCGUCCUGUUCUGGCUUCCAUUCAGAGCCGACUACUACAGACGCGGGGAGCACUGGAUCCAUGGUGAUGCCAUGUGCCGGAUUAUGCUGUUCAUGUUGACGGCCAACCGCGGCGCUGGCAUCUUCUUCCUCACUGCAGUGGCUGUCGACCGUUACCUCAAGAUCGUUCACCCCAUGAACAAGAUCAACCGGAUGGGCCUGAAUUAUGCUCUGUGGGUGUCUCUGGGCCUGUGGGGGAUGAUCAUCGCUGCAACCGGGUACCUGCUGACCAACAAUCACUUAUUCUACCGCAACAACCAGACACAGUGCGAGAGCUUCAACAUCUGCAUGGGCUUCAGCCCGCUGUCUACGUGGCACAACACCUUAUACAUGACCCAGUUCUUCUUGCCCACUGCCAUUGUCACCUUCUGCACGGUCUGCAUCACCUGGCAGCUGAAGAACAAGACGAUCGACACCGGGGGGAAGAUCAAACGUGCGGUGCAGUUUGUCAUGGCCGUGGCACUCAUCUUCAUAAUUUGCUUCUUCCCCAGUACAGUGUCUCGGAUUGCUGUGUGGAUCCUCAAGGCCUGGUACAACGAGUGCCAUUAUUUCAAAGAGGCCAGUUUGGCGUUCUACACCUCUGUGUGUUUCACCUACUUCAACAGCGUGCUGAACCCCAUCGUGUACUACUUCUCCAGCUCUGCCUUCAGUGGGAACUUCCAGAAGCUGUUCAACAGACUGCUGGGGAGGAAAGAGGUGGAGGUACCGCCAGCCUCGCCUGAGACUGGGACCGAGAUCAGCAGCGCAAAUACAGUAUCAGGGAGGAGUAGUAACUUCCAAUCACUGGUCCAGGGUGAGGGCCUGUACUCGCAAAGCGUCUCAGACUUAUUCAUUGUGAUGUAAAAUACAAAACUGAUCCUAGAUCAGCAGUCCUAGGCUUACUCUGAGACGCUUUUAUGAAAAGGUACCCAGGAGAACAAAAUAUCUGACUUUGUGUGAUUUUUCUUCUUCUACUCUAGUGGAAUAUGGUGUGUUCUAAAGAAUAUUAACCAGAUGUGAAGGAAGUCAAGGAAGUUGGUUCGGUGUCUCUAGCUUGAACAGUUCAAGAGUUACUAUUAGUGUUGGUGGUUAUUUUAUACUAAUGUUAGUUGUUUAAAUGUUUGUAGCUGAAAUUGUUAAAAAGCAGUAGCUUUUAAAUCGUCUACCACUGUGUUCUUAUGGUUGGCAUUGAAUUCAUGAAGUGUUAUGUUAAUUUAUGCAAAUCAAAAUAGUUCAUAAAGGGUUAUAGGAAAUUUGACGUUAGGAUAGCCUGAAUGUUUUAAAGCUGUUGUAGCUUCAUUGGUUUAGGAGCAGGACCGUUUUGAAUAGCUACCACUGUAUUACUGUUUCUCAUUCAAAACCAUGUUAAUUUAUGCAUAUUUUUUGAUUGUUAUAGUUCAAAUAGUAUAGAUAGGGUGAAAGAUUGUUUUGAUUGAUAACAUGAGAAAGUUAAUUUAGUGUCUCAAGCUUUAACAGAAGGUUAAUUUAGUGUCUAGCUUUAACAGUUCAAGAGUAAAUAUUACUGUUGGUGGGUUAUUUUAUGAUAAUGAAAAAUGAUUUAAAUAGUUAUAAUGUAUUAAGUAAAAACAAUUAGUUGUUUCAAUGUUUAGCUGAAAUGGUGAAAGAGCAGUAGCAUUUAAAAUGUCUACCACUGUGUUGUUGAAAAACAUUACAGUUUAUGCAAAUGCAUGCAAAUUAAAAUAAAUUAUAUUUGAUAAAAGUUUUAGAGAGCAGUUCUUCCACUGUCGGUAGAA